GAUGUAUAAAUCUCGAAUAUGAUGGGCUUGAAGGGUGAACCUGAUGCAUAAUCCUCCAGCAUCCUGCCCUGACCUCCAGCUGGAAAAUGAAAGGCUUAAAUUAGAAAAUGGCCAAGUGAGACAAAUUGCUAGUCUGCAUUAUAACAUGGUGAUUGCAGAGGAGAAUGUAAAAUUAAAACUUGAAAAUAAGGUACUCAGAGUGCAGAAUGAUGCUUUGUGUGGGAAAUUAAUCAGUGACACUGACAAGAAGCAUGCAUGAGAAUUGGCAGCAUGAGCUACCAUUAGUAUAUGUGUCAUGUUAAUUUUAUUUCUUACUUUUUUUUUUUUUUGGUACAUCGGAUAAUGAGCUAUAUGAUAGGGGAUAGCCCCUCCCCAACUGUUCCAAGAUUUGAACUUAAGAUCUCCAACAUGGAGAUUUGAGUUCUUAACCACUGGGACAUUCCCUAGGAGACUUUAUUUCCUACCUGUACGCUCAUUUGCUAUGGGCUUUGUAGCACCAGUGAAUGUUAAAUGAUUUUUUCUUUGAUUACUCAUCUUUUAAUCUCAGUCUCUUGUCAAAGCUCCUUGGCAAGUAAAGUAUUAUGCCUGUUUGUCUCCAAAUGUCAAAGCCAUAGAGAUUGGAACAGGGUAGGCUGGAAAGCAAUACUUCUGAUGUAUGCGUGUUUGCUCUUUGGAUUAUAGUUACUGUCUGUCUGGCUAUAAUUUUGUCAUACACAAGUAGAGCUGCUGUAUGUAUGGUACUGUGAUUUGCAGUUAUUGCAAACAUAAUUAAUCCAAAUACUGAGCUAAUGGUUAUGGAUGAGAUUGAGAAAUUGCAAUGCAAAAAGAAAAUGGUUGAAGUGAAGACAGAAGCUUUAUGUGAUAAAAUGAGUGACAGUUGCCAUGAACAAGGAUUUCAUCCCCAUCAUUAAUUGCCUAUAGUGGUAUGUUCCUUGUUCACUUUAUCCUCAACCAGACAAAAAUAGGGUAUGCUCAGAGUGCAGGAAGAUGCUUUGUUUGGGAAAAUAAUCAAUGACAAUGACAAGAAACAUUAUGUAAGUCUAGCAUGAUAAGUUUCCAUUACUCAAGUCGAUGUCUAAUGUGAUGUAUUUCUCUUCUCCUUUUUCUGGUUUGUACACUCAAAUCAAUUCCUUGCAACAUG